AUGAAGUUCUCAACCAUCUUCACUGCUGCUCUCCUCACCCUCUCCUUCGGAGCCAUCGCUGCUCCAGUCGAAGUCAUCGACCUCAACGCUCGAGGUGUCACCAAGGCUCCCCCUACUGUUCCUCCUGGAUACAAGUUGGUCACCGUUGGUAAUAUUUACAUCUUAACCGACAACAACGGUAACUUCGCCGGUGCUUUCUCCAAGGGUGACCUCGCCGGUGCUGGUGCGGGAUCCCAAAACACCGGUGCUGGCUCCACCAACAAGGGCAACUCCAACUCUCAAAACAUCGGUUCAGGUGGUAACACCAACCUCGGUGGUGGCUCAGGAUGGCCCUCCGUAUAA